ACCGUGAUCUACCCACAUACCCCGCCAUGGGCCGCUUCCUCGAGUCCAUUGGCCAUGUCGGCCCAGUGACAGCGCUAUCUUUUGCAGGCGAGGAACAUGUAUUGGUCGGGCAAGCCGGCCAUGUCAAAGUCUAUAAUGUACGAAGUGGAGAGUUGUUGGUGAAGAGAAAGGUUUUUGGGAGGGAGAAGGUGCAUGGGAUCGUCGUGGAUGGGGAGUCGAGGAUCGUCAUUUAUGGAGGGAGGUCGUUUUGUGUUACGAGCUUUGAUGCGCUGCUGGAUGAGGAAACGGAGGUGAAGGAGCACGAGGCCCAGGAUUGGAUUCUGGAUGGGACGCUACACGGAGAUAUCGUUGCGUUGGUGGUGAUGCACAACUCUGUCCUCUUCUACAACGCCAGCACCGGGGCAUACAUCUCCGAACUCCACGCUCACUCCGUCGAGCGCUCAGUCCUCUACGCAGCCGAUGUUCGCAUCACCUCGGACGGCCUAGUCAAAGUCGCAGCAGGCACAGUCAUGAACGAGAUCCUCCUCUGGCACGGCUCAAUCCCUAUCUCCGACCUCUCUGAAUGUCCGAUCGAAAAACGACUAAACGGCCACGACGGAGUUAUCUUCGGGUUAGAUUUUUCGAGGGACGGGAGGUUGCUGGUUUCGUGUUCUGAUGAUCGGAGUGUCAGGGUUUGGGACACGGAAAGUGGGGAAUGUCUUGCAACGGGGUGGGGACAUGGAGCGAGGAUUUGGGAUGUGAUGUGGACGCAGGAUGAGAAGAGUGUUGUCACUGCUUCUGAGGAUACGGAUGCGAGACUUUGGGGAUUCGAUCGGGAAAGGGAGACGUUGGAGACGAAGACUAUUUGGGAUGCGCAUACGGGAAAGCAUUGUUGGUGUGCGGCUGUUGGUGGGCCUUCUGGGAAGAUUGUUGCGACUGGAGGGCAAGAUGGACGGGUGAGGCUGUUUGAACUGGCUGAGGGUAGCACGGCAAAGAAGGAUCAAUGGACAAUAGGAUCUAUCUACGAGAAGCUGGGAUUGGAGAAGGUCGAGGGAAAGAAAGGACCGACAUUCAAGAGCUUCGUGGUGCUUGAUGAGGAGAGAACGCUGUUGACGACUUCUACGGGGCAGGUGCUGCUGCAUGUUAAGCGGGAGGAGACAUGGACGAGUGUAUGUGAAGCCCAGCAUCUUGUUGGAUAUUCGGAAGUGAGAGCAUGGCGGGGCACAGACUUUGCGUGUAUCGGCGAUAGGACGGGUGGUGUUACGGUGAUCAACACCAGAACACGGACACAAGUUGCGCAGAUCCCCGUAUGCCGAGGGCAGAUCACGGAUUUGUUCGCCGUGUCGCUUGACGAAAUCUUCUAUGUCGUCCUCUUCGCUCCAAAGGGAGAGGUUGCGGUGUUACGUUUAGAGGCGAACUCGAAUCAGAGGGAGCAGCAGGCAAGGUUGACACUUACCAAUGCGUACUCAAUCAAAGUACCGGACACAUUCGAGCCUACAUCUGCGACUGUGGAUGUCAUCACUGAAACGCUGUUUCUGGGAUCAAGACAAGGUGCGGUGAGUAUUCAGCGCUUGGGGACAAAUGUUGAGGGUGUGUUCAGACGAGUACAUGGCAUGGAUGCUGUCACCUCCAUCACCAUCCCACCACGGUCACGGUACACAACUCCGUCAUUCCCAGUCAUAACAACUGGGAAGGACGGUAGCUUCGCAUACCACGGAGUCUCCCUCCACGGGGAAGUCGAGUUCAUCGCGACAGACCGCGGCAAGAUCCCUUCCAAGGGCCAAAUCGACGGCGCAAUCAUCGCCAAUGGCGAGCUUCUCCUCUACGGCUUUCGCACCACGAAGUUCUUUGUCUACAACCAUACCCAAGCCUAUGAAGUGUACUCCGAGAAUUGCGGUGGUGCGCACCGAGCAUGGAGUUUCUUGGUGUCUGAGAAAAUGAUUGAGCAAUUCGUCUUUGCUUAUACCAAGGCUUCGGUACUAUCGUUCUGCAGGAAUGACGCCGAAGUGGAGAGCAGGGGUUUCAUGGAUACUGUUUUGCAGGAUGGAACUCACGGUAGGGAAGUCCGUGCUACGGCUUUGUCGUUUGUAGAUGGGAAUGAAGGAGAGGAGUUCUUCGCCAGUGGCGGUGAGGAUGCGAUGAUCCACAUUUCGAGGCUCGACAGCGACGGAAGAAUACAGACGCUUUGCCGUGCAAAGAAGCAUGUCGCUGGUCUCCAGAGCAUGGAAUGGACUUACGACAAUGCCGGGAGGCGUUUGCUGUUCUCUUCAGCUGGACUGGAAGAACUCAUCAUCUGGAGUGUGUGGGAGGAUGAGGCAGGUCGCUGGAGCUGUUAUCCGAUUGGGGAAUGUCCCAAGGUCUCUGAAGAUGGUGAUCUGCGUGUGAUGGAUUUCGAUGUGAAGUCUUUGGGUGAUGUCUUCACCGUGACCGCGGUAUACUCAGACUCGACCAUCAGGAUGUGGAUGUGCGUUCCGGAUAAAAACACAUGGCAUUUGCUUGCUCAGGGCACUUACAGGACAUGCUGUCUGCUGCAGACUCAACGGUUGCAGGUGGGCGAGCGAGAAGUUCUUUUGGCGUCUGCUACUGAUGGAAACAUCAUUGCAUGGGACAUCACUAAAAUAGCUGCCGAGGAAGAUGCAGCAAGACAGUGUAUAGCUGAGGGCAGUGCUUCGGAGUUUAACAGCCUAGAAUUACCAGCGCCGAUAUGGACGAAGGCGGUGCAUCAGUCCAGCGUCAAGGUUUUUGAAACUGUCAUCAUGGAUGAAAGCGAUUCUGGAGUCCGCAUCAAGACUUUGACUGGCGGCGAUGACAACGCCUUAGUUUCGUGCAUCAUUGAUUUCCGAUGGGAUGUCAAGGACGAACGCAUCGUGGUUGAGGAAGUGGCAAUGGCAAGGGCUGACAACGCUCACGGAUCGUGUGUAACUGGUAUUGUUGAACUCAACGGAAUGAUCGUGUCAGUUGCCAUUGACCAGCAAGUGAAGUUCUGGGAAGUGCAAGAGGGAUCCGAUAAGCUGCAAUGCGUAGAUGCAACAUACACGCAGGUAGCAGAUUGUGGAGGCUUGAUGUAUGUGCCGGAUCAAGAUCCAGAGAUCAAGGAAGUAAGGCUUAUUAUCAAUGGGGUCGGCAUGGAGGUCAUGAAGCAUCUGGCGCAAAUAGCUGAGGCCCCAAAGCGAUAGUGGAAUAUAGUAACGAAUGAACUAGAACAUUCAAAGCUGGC